GCAGGACUGAGAGAGAAGUCAGUAACCAGUCACCACCCUGCACUGUGACUGACAGAUCGGCCUGGGUUGGGCUGGGUAUUAUAAACGCAAUCACUUCCAGAACUGCAGCACAUCUGGCGAAGAAACUGGAAGAAAAGCAGACCACCAUGUCGACUCCAACUAAAACCGAGGUGGCCAUGCAGAACCUGAUGGAUGUUUUUUAUCAAUAUGCCAAGGGAGACAAAUACACCCUGACCAAAAGUCAAAUGAAAUGUCUGGUGGAGACAGAACUCAACCAAAUCACAAAGAAAAAAGGGAAUGUUGAAGCCUUUGACAAGAUGAUGAAAGACCUGGAUUUUGAUGGUGAUGGAGAAGUGAAUUUUGAGGAGUUUGUGUCAUUCAUUGCUGGUCUCAUGUUUUCCUGUAAUGAAAUUUAUGUUAAGAGGCGGGAGCAACAAGCAAGUCAGGUCAAGAAAUGAAUAGUGACUGAGCUACUAAUCAUGCGACUAUAUGUGAGAAUGAUCAGCUUGCAAACUUGUGCAGUAUUCUUGAUCACUUCCUAUUUUUUAAUACAAAUGAAAUAAAAAUGGUUUGAACAACCAA